GGAGCAGACUGUGACUGGCUCUCGGCUCCUCAGGAAAGUGUGUCUCUCAGAGUCAGAUCAGGAAGUAGAGAUCAGUGGUGUGAUCCGUGCGAAUCCAAACCGAAAGCAGCAGAGGCGCCCCGCUUUAGUCCGCGGUUUACAGCACAGGUCUUGUAUUCAAGUGUGUGACAAACAAAUGGAUGGAUGUCAUGCAGUCUGUUCCUGAAGGGGCAUUUUAUGUAUCUUCAGUCAAAAAAGACGUCUUCCGAAUAACACGGCAGCUUGCAGCCUGAAAUAUGUCGUCGUACUGGUACGUCAAAGAGACUGCGGAUCCAGGCGGCAGCACCAGCAGCAUGGAGGAGCAAGCUGGCGUUCCGGCGAUGGGAGCCAAGCAGUCGGCGGUUGGCAGCGUUCCCUUGAGUCAUUCGCCCACUCUGAAGAACAUCCAAGAGGCCUAUACGGACGGCGAGGACCAGAGGGCACGCGAGCUAAUCCGGCUUUCCUGCGAGAAUAACAGCGGAGCAGGACCAGAUGGGGUGCAGCUCCUCUGUUUGGUGGCUCAGAACGGUGACUUGGACGGCAUUCGGUUCUUGCUGCAGGAAGCUCGAGUUACGGUUCCACAGGAGCCCAGCGAAGAAAACCCUGCCGUCUUAGCAGCACAUCACGGACAUCAGCUGUUGGUCCGAGAGCUGCUGGACUCCAUACCACGUCCGUGUGUCCGUAAGGAUUUGCUGAACUGGAUGUUGGCUACGGCGUGUCAGCAGGGUCAUCUAGAGGUGGUGAAGCUGCUGGUUCAUACGUACAAUGCUGACGCCGAGGACUGCGCUGUUCAUUCAGGAGAGUUUGCCAUCAUCACCGGUUUGCCCCUGUACGCCGCAGCACAGGCAGCAAAUAAGGAGGUCGCGUGUUUUCUGCUGGACAAUGGAGCCGGUUUCUCCUCGUACACGCUGAUGGAUCACGCAGACUUCAGCAGGCAGCUGCUCAGACAGCGCCACCUGCAGGACAAAGACGCUCCUGCGGACGGGACGCUGCUGCAGGAAACUCAGGCUGUGCAUGUUGACUGGUCCGGACUGAAGCUGCCCUGGUUGGAUCUGGACUGGUUCAUGGACGUGUCGUCUCGGAUCACGGUUCUGGAUCUGUCUCGUAACUGUCUGAGCUCACUGCCGUCUGUGGUGCCCUGGGGUCUGAUUCAUCUGUGCUCGCUCAACCUGUGCCACAAUCAGCUGCGAGAGCUGCCCACCCCGACCUCAUCGCAGGAGAUCAUCUGCAGCCGAUUGUCCCAUGUGAAUGUGUGUGAGAAUGAGCUGGAGUGUCUUCCUGUCGGUCUGCUUCAUCUCGGCCAGUUGAAGAGGAUUUAUGUAGCCAGAAACAAACUCAUCAGCCUCUUCAACAUCCCUAAUGGCACGAACUGGAUCGGCCUCCGUAAGCUGCAGGAGCUGGACGUGUCCGACAACAGCCUGACGGACCUGCCCUCCUCCAUCCUGCACUGUCUGAAGGCCCUCAGCUCUCUCAACAUCAGCAGAAACAAACUCAGCAGCUUCCCCGACCCCUGGGCCUGUCCUCUGAACAUCUGCAAAGCUUCAAGCAACCAGAUAGAGUUCCUUCCUGACACCAUCUCCAUCUUCUGGAAGACUCAUCUGAUGGAGGUGGACAUCUCCGAGAACGUCCUGAAGGAGCUGCCCUCAUACAUAUUUGAGCUAGAGGCCAUCAUCUCUCUGAAGUUGUGUGGGAACCAAAUCUCCACUCUGCCCUCUCCAAACAAAUGGAAAUGCUCUUGUCUGCGAACACUAGACCUGUCCAGAAACCAACUGGGGAAGACGGGAGAGCCGACCAAAACCAGGAAACUGGCCUUCUUCACUACAUGGCACAGACGAGACCCAGAGCCAGUUUGUCCCAUUCAGUUUCCAGUAAUCCUGCGGGAUUCUCUGGAAGUUCUCUUCCUGAAUGACAACCAGCUGGAGUGUGUGCCGCCGUCAGUAUGUGCCCUCAAGAACCUCUCCGAACUCUAUCUGUCCAAUAAUCCAGGUAUCCAGGAGCUUCCUGUUGAGCUCGGGCAGCUCUCCAACCUCUGGCAGCUGGACAUCGAAGACCUGAACAUCACCAACAUCCCCGCAGACGUCAGGAAAGAUGGUCCGGCUGCGGUUCUGGCGUAUCUGCGAGCGGAGCUGCGAGGAGCAGAGCCCUGCAGACUGCUGAAGCUGAUGGUGGUGGGUCCUCCACGGCAAGGGAAGAGCGCUCUGCUGGAGGGGCUGCAGACGAGCAAACCCUCAUCCUUCACCAACACCGACCGCAGCAUCCACACGUCCGGCUGGGAUCUGGAGCGACCCGGAGGAGUGAAAUCUGCUGUUGAUUCAGUGUCCUUCAACGUGUGGGAUAUUGGUGGUCCGGCCAGCAUGUCGACGGUAAACCAGUGUUUCUUCACGGAUAAGGCUCUGUUUAUGGUGAUCUGGAAUCUGGCUUUGGGAGAGGAAGCCGUGGCCAACCUGCAGUCCUGGCUGCUCAACAUCGAGGCUCGCGCUCCUAACUCUGCUGUCAUCGUCGUUGGGACGCAUCUGGACCUCAUAGACACUAAGUUUCGUACGGAGCGCGUCGCCACACUGAGGGCCUACAUCCUGGCACUUUGCAGAACCCCGUCGGGCGCGCGGGCCAGCGGAUACCCCGACAUCACAUGGAAACACCUCCAUGAGGUGUCGUGUAAGACGCUGGAAGGCAUGGACGGACUCAAGAGGCUGUUGUUUCAGGUCGCUUGCUCCAUGAAGGACAUCAGCAACCCUGCUAGCUGUCACAAACUAGUGGGAAGACUGAUCCCCAAAAGUUACCUGACCCUGCAGGAGGCCAUAAAAGCAGAACGUCUGAGGAGAGAUGAAGUGGAUGAGGUCCAGUACCUGACGGACUCAGAACUGGAGCAGAUCAUUGAGCAGAGUCCUGCCAGUGAUAUUAAAGAUUACGAGGAUCUGCAGACGGCGAUCAAUUUCCUCAUUGAGACUGGCACCAUGCUACAUUUCUCCGACACCAGUCAUGGCCUGUGUAAGCUCUACUUCCUGGAUGCUGUGUGGCUGUCUGAGUGUUUGGAGCGGAUCAUCAACCUGAGGGGCUCACGCUCUGUGGCCCGUAACGGGGUCAUCAAGGCCGAGGACCUGCGCAUGCUGCUGGUGGGCACCAGAUUCACCCAGCAAACAGAAGAACAGUACUUCCAGUUCCUGGCUAAGUUUGAGAUCGCUCUACCAGUGGCCAGCAACAGUUAUCUGUUGCCCCACCUUUUGCCCCCCAAACCUGCCCUGGACAUCCACGGCUUUCGGCACCAGAGCAACAACUCCAUUCAGCGGCAUUUUAAGAUGAGCUUUGUUCCUGCGGGAUUCUGGGAGCGCUUUAUAGCCAGGAUGCUAAUUAGUUUAAACCAGAUGGACGUGCAGGCAUUCGAGACCAAAAGGCCCACGAAGAACCAGAGGAACCACAGUACGGUGAUCUACAGCUUUGCGGGGAACCAGCAGCGCAAUCGCUGCAGCACUUUCCGCGUCCGGCGCAGUCAGACCAUCUACUGGAAAGAAGGGCUGCUAGUCACCUUUGACGGCGGAUAUCUGAGCGUAGAGUCGUCUGACCUGAACUGGAAGAAAAAGAAAAGCGGAGGCAUCAAGAUCAUCUGUCAGUCGGAGACGAGGGAUUUCUCAGCGAUGGCUUUCAUCACCGAUCACGUUAACGCCCUCAUAGAGCAGUGGUUUCCUGCGCUGACGGGCAGUGAGAGCGACGGCUCUCGUCUCAUUGAGCAGUACGCACCCUGUCCGUACUGCAGCUCCGGACCCCGAGUGUCCGACCCGCUGCCUCUGUCCCGCUCCAGUCACAGCACCGUCCACUACUUCAACAUGGAGGACUGCGUGCUGGCAGCCGUGGACAAGGAGCACAUCACCUGCCCCAACCACCCCAAACAGCCCGUCCCGCUACAGGAGCUGGUGCCCGAGCUCUUCAUGACCGACUUCCCUUCACGGUUGUUCCUGUUGAAGAGUGACCUGCAGUGCAGUGAAGAUGCAGCAGAUAUCCUGGGACAGGGUGGCAGCGGCACCAUCAUCUACAGAGCCAAAUACAGAGGCAAUCCGGUGGCCAUUAAACGCUUCCACUUCAAGAAAUGCAAACAGCAGUCGCUCAACAGCAGCACAGACACCAUGAUGAAGCACCUGCAGUCGAUGGACGCGGCCCGCAGCUUCUCGGAGUUUCGUCAGGAGGCCAGCAUGCUCCACUCCCUGCAGCACCCGUGUAUCGUGGCUCUGGUGGGCAUCAGCAUCCACCCGCUCUGCUUCGCCCUGCAGCUGGCGCCGCUGGGCAGCCUCAACACCAUCCUGGAGGAGCGAGCCAAAGGUCUGACAUUAGGCACACCUGGCUACCAGGCUCCCGAGAUCCGGCCCGGCAUCGUCUAUGAUGAGAAGGUGGACAUGUUCUCGUACGGCAUGGUCCUGUAUGAGCUGCUGUCCGGCCGCAGACCGUGCAUGGGUCAGCACCAGCUGCAGAUCGCUAAGAAGCUGUCUAAAGGACUCAGACCGGCGCUGGGCAGCCCAGAGGAGGUGCAGUUUCACUGUCUGCAGACGCUGAUGCAGGAGUGCUGGGACACCAAACCAGAGAAGCGUCCCCUGGCCGCUCCUCUCAUGAGACAGAUGCAGGAACCCAGUUUUGCUUGUCUCAGGUACCUGCUGCCCUGCCAGGAACACAGUCAGCUCUUCUUGUCCCCGCUGCAGGGCCACAACGCCGUCUUCUGGGAUGGAAACAAAGACGACAGGAAUUACACGGUGGUAAACUUGGCCAAGGGGCAGGUGGUGGUGAAGCGGAUGCCAUGCCCGGGAACACGUCUGAGCUGCCAAAUGAAGAUGGAGAACAGCCUGUGGACGGCCACUGAGGAACAGGAAGUCUUUAUCUACAGCCUGAAAGAGAUGUGUCCCUUGAGUCACCCGCAGAAACUGCUCUCCUGUCCGGCUGUGGUAACCUGUCUCUUUUUACUGCCCGCCAGGAAAGAGUCUCUCCCGCAGGUGUUCGCUGGCAUGUCUGACGGUCUCGUGGUGGUUUAUUCUCUGGUAGACGACAUGCCUGUCGAAGGUGAGACUUACAUCUGCUCGCACACGAUCAACAAGCAUCUUCUGAACAUGGAGGACUCGGACCCUCGGCAGCGUCCGUACGCCGUGCGCAGCAUCGUGCCGGUGCACUCCGGAUCAGAGGUGUGGUACACUAACGGCCCCGGUGUGCUGGUCAUCGACAGCCUGGCGCUUCAGCCCAUCCGCCGCCUAGAGCCGUAUCUCCCGCCGUCCUGCGUGCUGUCCAUGGUCUCGUCUGCCAGCUGCUGGGGCGACGAGGCCGUCUGGUGCCUGGACGAUCACACCAACACACUUCUGAUGUAUCACGCCGCCAGCUACCAGAUCUGCGCUACAUACAACUGCAGCGACGCCAACCCGCUGCGGGACGUUUUCCCCGUGCAAAGGCCGGCCGGGGUUAUGACCCCUGUGACCCCUGAUCCUGAUAUAGACGAAGAGUCUCUUCCGGCCACCCUGGAGCCGGUGAAGGUGACGGUCACACACCGCGAGGACGCAGGAACACAGAUCUUGUGCCAGCAGGACUCGCUGGAUUACUGCUCCAUGACGUCCUCCGGCUUCAGCUCAGAGCAGCUGGAUCAGAUCGGCCAUUUCCCUCACAUCGAGCGCUCCAGCUCGGGAGCACUCAGCUCUCUGACCAGCUCCAGCAGCAUGCCUUUAUCCGCAGACUUCGAGGAGACGGACAGACCGCCAGACGAGCCGGUUUCACCUGAAUCAUGUCCAUCCAGGAGCGCAACAGAUCCAGAACUAGCGGCUCAAAGCCACACACCAGCGCAGCUGAAGGCCUUGAACAUCAUUCCUGUCAACAGCACCAUCUGGGUGCCCAGGCGUGGAGGAGACAUCAUGGUGAUCGAGGUGCAAGAGCAGGCGGGAGCGCUCAGGGCUCGUGUGAUCGCCGUGUUGACGGCGCCUGGAGUGUCCGAGUACGGGGCUCUGGCGGAGGCGGCGCUCAUCGCAAAGGACACCGUUGUGUGCGGCUUCCGUAACGAAAACAUGGCCUGGUGCCUGGCUGUCUGGAGGAGCUGGGGAGGCCGCGAGCUCGAGCUCUUCUACCAGGGAUACGAGGAGCUCGGCCGCUUGGAGAGCAGUCUGAGGAAAAGGAGGUAGCUGUGUAAAUGCGUGUGUGUGUGAGACGAAGAAUCGACGUUCUGUGCGGCGCACACAGAUACAGGUGUUGAACGUGGUUACAGGAGCAACUGGAGGGAAUACACACACAUAUGGACUGUUGCUGUAGGCAAUAUAAUCCUGCAGGACUCGGUCACAUACACAUUUCAGAUAUAUAUAUAUAUAUAUAUAUACAUACACAUCCACAUAAACACAAACCGAUUGAAUGCCACACGCGCUGGAUGCAUAAACAUAUUUAUUCAGCCCUGGGCAUUUAGAAGUUUGCUGAUAUAUGAGUACAUUAACUUUCAUGGACCAAGAAUGCAUCAGAAUUCAACGAAACUAAGGGGUUUUUGCAUUCAUUAGCUUGUGUGUGUGUGCGUGUGUGUUUAAAUGCCAAGAAAGAGAUUUAUGAGGUGUGAUGCUGGUUAUCCGACUUGAUCAACUUUGUCUCAAGUUAAUCAGCAAACUAGAUGUGCCUUUGGAUGAAGGAUGGGCUGUUUUAGAAGUGACACGCAAUGAGACGAGAACCAAUGAAAACGGCAGGCCUUGUGAAGCCCCACAUAGUGAGAUCAUAAUGGAGUGGAAAAGUUCCCGCCCACUUUUUCAGCAGCAUUGGUUCCAGAAGUAU